UUUUGUACAAAGUGAAGCGGGCCCGUGGAAAGCAAUUAAAAAAGAUAGCAAACACGAAAACGCUUUUCGACAGCGUCACUUCCGAGGUAGUUUGAAAACAUAAAGUCCUUGCUUUAGAAGUUCUUAAAAGAGGCAAGCAACCGCCUUGUCAAAUGCUUCCAAAAUUGAGUAACAGACGUUUGAAAAGAGUGUUUGUUGUGUUUAUCAGUUUUGCGGUUUGCACGAUUUUAUUUAGCCAUGUUCUUUUGGAUGUGAACCAAACAAUCAAAUUUAGAAUCAUGAACAUAUUUGAAGAGAAACUGCGAUUGGACCAAUUCAAUAUCACACCACAGUUGAUUAUAGAAGGGGUCAAGCGCACCAAUCCAAAUCUGCCCAUGACCUUCCACUGGCAAAAAGACGUGCCUCAGUUUAACAAUUCUUGCGCCCGUUAUGUCAAGCCAUUGGACAUCAGAUUCAAUAAUAUUUACUGGCAAGUUCAAGCCUUGGAGAAUGAGACUUAUUAUCUGUACGGCGCCUAUUACGACAACCGCACCUGGCCCAAUAAGUUUGCGCCGAUGGUCCGAGUGCUGACCAUAAUCGACAAAGUUGGCCUCAACAUUUCCAGACACGUUUACUGCCAGCUUUGGUUCGCCAACAUCACCAGACCCAUUAUUGUCAGGGUUUUCCACUUUCAAUACCUGCUGAAGGCCGAGUGGGGCUACCUGCACAUUCCACUGCGGCCCUACCUCCUCAGCUGCAUGGUGCCCACUAAAUUUGGGACGGUGCCGGACUCGGUGUCGAUAGUGCAGGAGCCGUGCGAAAAUGCAACGAACAACCUACGAGUCAUCGACAACCGUCUGCAGGGAGAAAAGCAAGAUUUCGCGGUGUGCGUGAAGAGCUUGAACUUCAAUAACCAUCCCCAAAUGGCCAUCAGAUUGGUGGAGUGGAUCGAGUUGCUGAGGAUUUUGGGCGCAAACAGAAUAAUUUUCUAUCAACUGCAGGUGCACCCAAAUAUCUCAAAGGUUUUGGAAUAUUAUUCAAAAACAUGGAACGUGGACGUUGUACCGAUGACGAUGCCAGGAAACUACCCAAAUGUGCCUGAAUUGAUGAACCAAUUAAUGGGCGAAAACGGGAUGUACCAGUGGAUCCAGGAUUUGAUCGAUUACAAUGACUGCUUUUACAAAUACUACAACUCUUUCCGCUACAUGGUUUUGAUUGACGUUGACGAGGUGAUUAUACCUUUGAACGGUGUGGACACCUGGCACGACCUGAUAUUUAAAAUGGCGAUUCCAAAAGCAAAGGCAAUCAAGAAUGUCACGUACUCCAACUUUGUGGCGCGCAACGUUUAUUUCAUGGACAUUUCGAGCGAAACUCGAUGGUCGCCCUCUCCGGACAUUCCUCCCUACAUGCACAUUUUGCAGAACGUGGUGCGCAGGGUGGACCCGUCGCCACCUGGCUACUACGUCAAGUCGUUCCACUCGACGGAAACGGUCUUCGCGCUGCACAACCACUACAGCAGAUCCUAUUUGGCCGAGUCUGGGUCUGCGGUCGACUGGGGCGAAUAUUAUGAGUUUGGACUGCACGAAGCGCAAUUGCAGCACUACUGCGUGCGAAAACUCAAGCCCGACUGCCAAGUGCAACCGGCAAACCAGACCGCGGACACCUCUGCGUUGAAGUACCAAGAUAGAUUGAUCGCGGCAACGAGAAGAGCUUUGAGGAACGUUGGAAUUUUGUGA